CACCGUCACGCGCUUUUCCCCUUAUCACCUUCUUCUUCUAUGGAAUGAAUCCAAAACUUCUUCUCAAAUCUUCCCAAAAUGCCAUCACCCCCCUCUCCGCCGGUUCAUAACCGUUUCCAGACGCUUCCGGUUAUCCUAACCGGUUCCCUCGCCUUAACCGGAGCCUUACUCGUCCUCCUAACCAUCCUCCUCUACCGGAAACUCUCCCGUAACCGCACCGCUCCCUCGGAUGCCUCUCCUCAGCACUACCAAUGCCGCCGCUUCUCCUACUCCCAGCUCCGCCGCGCGACGAACUCCUUCUCCGACUCCUCCCAGCUCGGCCACGGCGGGUUCGGCACCGUCUACAAAGCCGAUCUCCCUAACGGAACCUCCCUCGCCGUCAAAGUCAUGGACUCCUCCGCCGGGGCCUUACAAGGCGAGCGCGAGUUUCACAACGAGCUCUCUCUCUCCUCUCACCUCACCGCCUCGCCCCACGUCGUCUCCCUCCUCGGAUUCUCCUCCGAUCGGCGUAACCGGAGGCUCGUGCUCGUCUACGAGCUCAUGCCUAACCGGAGCUUGCAGGAGGCGCUUCUUGGGGCUCUCAAGUGCGAGGAGCUUAUGGAUUGGAGGAAAAGGUUUGAGAUUGCGACGGAUGUAGCUAAGGGGAUUGAGUUUCUUCACCACCGGUGUGAUCCGCCGAUCAUUCACGGCGAUGUGAAGCCGAGUAAUGUUCUUCUGGAUUCCGAUUUCAAGGCAAAGAUAGGAGAUUUUGGUCUGGCGAGGGUAAAGUCUGAGUCUUUGGCUUUGGUGAGUGGUGGUGGGGACGAGACUAGGAUCCUUAUUGAGGAAGAUGAUGAUGACGGGAAGAGAAAGGAAGAUGAUAACGGGUCGAUUCUCGAGGAGUGUGAGAGUGUUAUUACUCUGUUCGAAGAGGGCAACGCCGUGAGUUUCUCGCCGGAGAAUGGGAUUGGAGCUUCUCCGGGGGUGGGAUCGGUGGUUUCGCCGGAGAAUUGUGGAAGUAGCGUUUUCACGGCGUCUCCGGGACCGGCAUUGAUACCCUCGCCGGAGAACUGUGCUGUAACGUCUCCGGCGACGGAGAAUGGUUGCGGAAGCAGCGUUUGCACGGCGUCUCCGGGAGGGGGAUUGAUACAGUCGCCGGAGAAUUGUGCUGUUAGCGUCUUGACGGCGUCUCCGGGAGCGCCAUUGAUACCCUCGCCGGAGAAUUGUGCUGUUAGCGUCUUGACGGCGUCUCCGGGACAGGCAUUGAUACCCUCGCCGGAGAACUGUGCUGUUACGUCUCCGGGAGGAGAAUCACCGGAGAAAAUGAGUGUGGAGAGUGGUGGGAAGCAAAAGGUGGGCUCGAGGAGAGAUUGGUGGUGGAAACAAGACAACAACGGUGGAAGCAGACGAGUGGUUGAGUCAGGGAGUGUGAAAGACUAUGUGAUGGAGUGGAUUGGGAGUGAGAUUAAGAAAGACAACAAGGAGUGGAUCAAAAACGGUGAUGGGUCAGCAUCGUCAUCAAUCUCUAAGAAGAAGAAGAAGAAGAGGAAGCCUAGAGAGUGGUGGAAGGAAGAGUUUUGCGAGGAGUUAACUCGAAAGAAGAGGAAGAAGAAAAAGAAAAGAGGGUUAAGCUCAAUCUCAAGCAUUGAAUCUUGGUUUCACAGAGACAAUGAUGAUGAACAGUCUCAUAAUCCUACCAAGAGGAAAAAGAGGAAUAGUAUAGACUGGUGGGUAGAUGGGUUAAGCGGAGAUUUAAAAUCAGUUAAAAAACAAAGUCAAGAUUCUGGUCUAUGGUGUGAUGUGAAUGUUCAGAAGAGCGGUGGAGUAAGCAGCACACCGAGCAUGAGAGGCACGGUGUGCUACAUUGCACCGGAAUGUGGUGGAGGUGUGUUGUCUGAGAAAUGCGAUGUCUACAGUUUCGGGGUUCUGCUCUUGGUUCUUGUCUCCGGGAGACGGCCGUUGCAGGUGACCGCGUCGCCUAUGUCGGAGUUCGAGAGGGCUAAUCUGAUAUCAUGGGCUAAGCAGUUGGCUUGUCAUGGUAACUUAUUGGAGUUGGUUGAUAAGUCUAUACAUUCUUUGGAGAAGGAGCAAGCGGUUCUUUGUGUUACUAUUGCGUUGCUUUGUCUGCAAAGAUCUCCGGUUAAGAGACCGACGAUGAAGGAGAUUGUUGAGAUGCUUACCGGCGCGUCUGAGCCACCGCAUUUGCCGUUUGAGUUCUCGCCGUCUCCGCCUAUGGGGUUUCCAUUUAAGUCAAGGAAGAAAGCACGGUGAAGAUGAGCCUCAAACAAGUGUAGAUUUGUCUGGUUCAAAAACACUAAACCAAUUGCUAGUUGUAGAAGCUGUUUAAUUCCAUAACAUUAGAUUCUUGCUAAUAGUGUUAUGAAGAUUAGUAUGUCAUUGCAAGACUAUUUCAACUACUAAUGCAGAAUCUAUUAUUCAGACCA